ACUUGAUCGGCGGUAACCCUAGAAUAGAAGAGAGAGAAAGAAAGAAUUUGAAGAAAAGUAUCGAAGAUGAGAGGAAGAAGCUACACUCCAUCGCCUCCACCCCGUUACAGCCGAAGAGGAGGCGGAGGAGGAGGUCGCAGUCCAAGUCCCCGUCGCCGGUACGCCCCCCGUGAAAGUGAUCUACCCACCAGUCUUCUUGUUCGCAACCUCCGCCAUGACUGUAGGCCUGAAGAUCUUCGCAGACCUUUCGGUCAAUUUGGUCCUCUCAAAGACAUUUAUCUUCCUAAAGAUUAUUACACUGGACAGCCCCGUGGGUUUGGGUUUAUCCAAUUUGUGGAUCCUGCUGAUGCUGCCGAUGCUAAAUAUCAUAUGGAUGGUCAAGUUCUUCUUGGUAGGGAGCUGACUGUUGUUUUUGCUGAGGAGAAUCGAAAGAAGCCAACUGAGAUGAGGGUCCGGGAGAGAAGUGGGCGGUAUUCUGAUCGAAGGAGGUCUCCCCCGCGUUAUUCUCGUUCACCUCGCUAUUCCCGGUCUCCACCUCGUCAUAGAACCCACUCUCGCAGUCGUGAUUAUGAUUCCCCUCCUCCUAAAAGAAGGGAAUAUUCAAGAUCGCUAUCACCUGAGGAUAGGAGGCAAAGUAGAGAAAGAUCACACCACAGCAGAGAGAGGUCAUACUCACGCUCUCCACCCAACAAUGGGGUUGCAAGAAGCCGUAGUCCGAGUCCAGAGAAAGGUCCAGUCCUGAGCAGAAGUCCAAGUCCAAACCGUGAUGCCAGGGAGUCAGCCCGCAGUAGAUCCCCCAGUCAGUGACAAUGGAAGAGAAUCCUUAGACAAUUAGAUGCUUGGUUUUGUUUGAGUAUUCAGCAAACACUUGCAUGUGUUGGUUUCUACUCUUUCUGAUACAAUGGAUUAAGAUUUUAAUUUGUUGUUUCAUGUAUCAGGGUUGUUUGUUGCUUGACUUGGAAAUUGUAUUAGUGCUAUUGGUGGAUGUUGUUUUGAAAUUUGUUACAAUGUUUCAUCUAGUUUUAGUAGGAUAUAUAUUGGUAUGGGAUUUUUUGUAUCCGCA